GCGGCGGUGUUGACGCAUUUUUAGGACCCCAAGGCGACAGCUAGUGUAUAGAUAUCUGUGCGUUUAACCAAAGACAAACGUGGCAGACGCUUAUAAAGCGUUAGUGUGUCUCACUUCUGCAACUCUUUUGUGUUUAAGUGUCUUUUGUGGUUCGUUCCUGUUUGCGCGCUGGAUUUCUGUGUGGUGGAGAAACUUAAAGCUGGACACAGAGUUAUAGUUACACACGAGGAGGUUAAUAACGCACAAGGAACGGUAAUAACGCACGAGGAGGUUAUUAACGCACGAGGAGGUUAACAACGCACGAGGAACGGUAAUAACGCACGAGGAGGUUAAUAACGCACGAGGAACGGUAAUAACGCACGAGGAGCUUAAUAACGCACGAGGAACGGUAAUAACGCACGAGGAGCUUAAUAACGCACGAGGAGAUGAUUUCAGAAAAGCCACCGUUGCCAGGAGAUGGAGCUGAGGUGGGGCCUGUGGCAGUUCCUGAAGCCCCAUUAGUCCGUGUACGUGAUGGGUGGGACAGUAAGGUGGAGUAUUUCCUGGCUCAGGUGGGAUUCAGUGUUGGACUUGGAAAUGUAUGGAGAUUCCCCUACUUGUGUCACCAGAACGGAGGAGGAUCAUUCUUGUUGCUCUAUGUUCUAUUGAUGGUGGUGGUUGGUGUACCGUUGUUUUUCCUGGAGUUAGCAGUGGGUCAGAGUAUCAGACAAGGUAGCAUUGGCGUCUGGAGACACAUCUCACCAAAACUUGCCGGGAUUGGCUACUCCAGCUGUGUGGUGUGUUUCUUUGUGGCUCUGUACUAUAACAUAAUCAUCGGCUGGAGUAUUUUCUAUCUUUUUAAAUCAUUCCAGAGUCCGUUACCAUGGGAGAACUGCCCUAAAGAGGGGAACAUCACAGCAUCAGAAUGUGCUGCGAGUUCUCCUACAUCAUACUUCUGGUACCGUAAAGCUCUGGAUAUUACAGACUCAAUCAAUGAGACAGGAGAGUUUAACUUGGUCAUCACUGGUUGUCUUGCUCUCGCCUGGACCAUUGUCUGUCUCGCCAUGUUCAAGGGCAUCAAGUCUUCUGGCAAGGUGAUGUAUUUCUCCUCCGUGUUCCCAUAUGUGGUUCUGCUGUGUUUCCUGAUUCGAGGUCUAACUCUGGACGGAGCAGCAGAGGGACUCAAGUAUAUGUUCAGUCCGAAGUUGGAGAUCUGGGGUGAUGUACAGGUGUGGCGGCAGGCCUUCACUCAGGUGUUCUUUGCUCUGGGUUUGGGGUUUGGCUCCAUCAUAGCGUACUCCUCCUACAACCAGUGCAAUAAUAACUGUCACCGUGACGCCUUCACUGUCUCCACCAUCAACUUACUUACCUCCAUCCUUGCUUCGCUCGUCGUCUUCUCUGUCUUGGGCUUCAGGGCCAAGACCUUUACAAAGACCUGCAUCUCAGAGAAUCUGAAGCUGUUAUCUGAAGCAGUCUCAUCUUCUGUUACUACACAACCUCUUCUCAUUAACAUAACGGAGGUGGAGUCUGUUUCUGUGGAGAUGUAUAAACACUGGUACGAAGGGCAGGGGAUUCAGCUGAAUCUCAGCGGUUACAACAUCAGCAAUUGCAGCCUGGAGGACGCCAUGAACAAAGGAGUGGAGGGGACGGGUCUGGCAUUUAUUGCCUUCACAGAGGCAAUGACUCUGUUUCCAUUAAGUCCGUUCUGGUCAGCAUUGUUCUUCCUCAUGCUUCUCAACCUGGGACUGUCCACCAUGUUCGGGACUAUGGAGGGGAUCCUCACCCCCCUGUCUGAUACAUUCUCCUCACUCAGGAACCACAAAAUCAUCUUCACAAUGUGUAGCUGUGUGUUGGCAUUUGUGAUUGGUCUGUUGUUCACUCAGCGCUGUGGGAAUUACUUUGUGGUAAUGUUUGAUGAUUACUCUGCCACACUGCCACUCAUCAUUGUUGUUGUUUUCCAAACCAUCAGCGUCGCCUGGGUAUAUGGAGCAGACAGGUUCCUGCAGGAUAUCAGACAGAUGCUGGGACGGCCAGUGUGUGUGAUAUACAAGUUUCUGUGGAAGUAUGUGUGUCUGGUGGCCAUGCUGACGCUGCUAGCAGCCAGUUUACUGAACAUGUGUCUCAAACGUCCACAAUACACAGCCUGGAACCAGCAGACGGCAUCAGAGGUACAAUUGCCAUAUCCUGAUUGGGCAUUAGCCAUGCUCUCGUCACUCAUCAUCAUAGCAGUACUUCCUGUGCCUCUGGGUUACGCCCACUUCAUGUUACGGCAGCGCUUUAACCGGUCCAGCGCCGACACUGAAGCAGGAUACGCCCCAUGCAGCACCACUGACACGGACUCUACCCCUCUAAGCACACCGCUCAACAUGGACCUGAAUCCUGCCUCCCUCGUGGCUGAGGAGGGCUACAGGCUCCUCCCACAGACAGGGGAGGAGGAAGGGGAGGAGUCUACAACAGUGUGAUCUGGAAAGGAUGUUGCUGGAGAUAAGUUACUUAACAGAACAAAUUCACACAAACCUGUUGCUUUAAAGUCUGUACGAUUUGAUAUGUCUAAUCGAAUAUGGGGGGGCACGGUGGCUUAGUGGUUAGCACGUUCGCCUCACACCUCCAGGGUUGGGGGUUCGAUUCCCACCUCCGCCUUGUGUGUGUGGAGUUUGCAUGUUCUCCCCGUGCCUCGGGGGUUUCCUCCGGG